CAAGCCGCAACGUCACUUCGCAUCACCAGAUCUUCCCAGUCCUUGUUGACAAGAUGUGGGUACCAUGACCCAAUCUCUUCCUGUCUCUGUCAUUGGUGUGUUGUUGAGACUCGCCUGCCCCCGUACGGAGUAUGCCCAUGGGGGUCUACUAGCUCUGCCGAAUCAUGAGCAAUACUUGCGCCAAUCCCCUGCUGUUGGGGUGGAUCAAAGAAUGGCUCGACCAAGCCCGAGAGCGCAACAGCAAAGGCAUCAUCGUGUACAAGAAGGCCUAUGAGUCCAUGAAAGCCUGUCCACUAGUCUUUCAGCAUCCGUCCGAAGCUCAGCAGCUCAACGGGCUGGGCCCGAAGCUGUGCGAUCGCUUGACUGAGAAGCUCAAGGAAUACUGCGAGGAAAAUGGCCUCCCCAUGCCCGAGCACCCCCACAAAUCCAGGAAUAAGCGAACCUCCGAUGAAGGGAUAACAGAGGCACAACCAGCCAAAAAACCUAGAAAAGUCAAGCCAUAUGUGCCGACUCUGCGGUCUGGUCCUUACGCGAUCAUCUUGGCUCUGUCGACACUGGACGAACAUGCGACCCAGGGCAUGACAAAAGCAGAACUAAUUGAGGCAGCCCAGUCACAUUGCGAUAGCUCGUUCACAGCCCCAAGUGACUCAUCCAAGUUUCACACUGCAUGGGCUUCGAUGAAGACUCUCCUUCAGAAAGAGCUUGUCUAUGAUCAUGGCCGUCCACUGAAAAAAUACGCCCUGACUGAAGAAGGAUGGGAAGUUGCGAAGAGGAUCAAGGUGGCUGUAUCGUCUGACCCGACUCAGAGCACGCUGCCUUUCCGUGCUGAGCCUACUCAACCAGAUGCGGGCAAUGUCACUUCUGAUCGCGCACCUAGAAAUGCUAUACCACAGGUAACCCGUCAAGCCAGCAUCGAGACUGAGAAACAACCUCACCAGCAGUACGACCGUCAUGUAUUUGAUGCUGCUCCGGGAGGAACGGUGACUCCCAUUGUAAUCCCACCAAACAGCUUCACGGUUCAGCUGGUCCUGGACGUGCGUGAAGUGCGGUCUUCCAGAGACAGGGACUACCUGGCUAAUGAACUCAGCAAGAAAGGAGUCACACCAGAGGUGCGCGCUCUAGAACUAGGCGAUGUCAUGUGGGUAGCGAAGUUCCACGACCCGACCUUCCUGUCCCGGUACGGGGAGGAAGGCGACGAGAUGAUGCUGGACUGGAUUGUGGAGCGGAAACGACUCGACGAUCUGAUCGGGUCCAUGAAGGAUGGCCGGUUCCACGAACAGAAGUUCCGUCUUCGCCGCUCCGGGAUCAAAAACGUCAUUUACCUCAUCGAAGAAUUCACCUUCAGUCAAGACCCAGCCAGCACGAUGAAGUACGAUGAAAUGGUUGUCUCGGCUAUAACUUCAACGCAAGUGGUCAAUGGCUACUUUGUGAAGCGAACCAAAAACCUCGACGACUCCAUCCGUUACUUGGCGCGAAUGACUAACCUCUUGCGGAAGAUGUAUGGUGCAGGAUCCGGCGCAACGCCCUCCCACACUCUCGCCUUGAUUCCUAGCCGGCAACUGUCCUCCUCGGAGUCGUAUCGCGAUACGCUUCAGCGCUUCCGAGCAGGGAAGCCGAGCACUACCUUUGCUGUGACUUUUUCCACGUUCUCAGCGUUGACGUCCAAGUCCGACGUCCUGACCCUGCGCGAUAUCUUCUUGAAAAUGCUCAUGUGCAUCCGGGGUGUGACUGGUGAGAAGGCCUUGGAGAUCCAGCGUCGGUGGCAGACCCCGCAGGCGUUUGUCCAAGCAUUCGAAUCCCUCAGCGAAAAGGAGCGGGAGAGCUUGGUGUCGGACCAAAUGCAGAAUCUUGUGACGCGGAAGAAGGUUGCCAAGGUGUUGAGCAAGAAGAUUGCUGAAGUGUGGGGCGAGGACGGAUAGAGCGGGUUGGUUAUUUGGUCUGAUUCAGUAUUGGGAUGUUGGACAGGUUAUCACUGAAGCUGAUUUGGCGGGUUGGAGCUGGGGUAUUGGUGGUUAAGUUCUGGAGUGAGUGUUAUGGAUACUACGGAGUAGAUCAGGUAGAGAUAGAUUUGAGAGAUAUGUACCCUUCUCAAAAGGCAUUGAUUAGCAAGGUGUGUAUGCAAAC